UGUGCUCCUAGAACUUUCUACGUACCCGCGAUCUUAUCUGGCUCCUCGCUGGCCCCCUCCCACGGGCCUCUUGCUUUCCUUCCAUCGCUGCUUCUCCUCCCCUUCUUCCACCAUAUACAGCCAGCUUGCUCUUGAAAGUCAUGGCCCAACAAGGGUCUGCGAAACCUUUCCGUCCCAUUGCUCCUCGGAGGGUCCCAGAACCCCCGGCCCCGGCCUCUGCGCCCGAGGAGGGCAAAAUAAAGCGAGCCUCCACGGCUUGCGGGGAAUGUAAACGACGUCGAACAAAGGUAAAUCCCGGCCCAGCUCGGCUUCUCCAGUGGCCUUCCCCCCCCGGGGGGAAUGGCCUUUCCCUUCUCAUGCACGUUGAUGUCUCCGUCGCUCACAUUGAGUCCCCUUGUCUUGCUCUUCCUGUUCUAACCUGGGUGGCCGCAUCACAGUGUAGCGCCGAUACUACCGGCACUCCGUGUGCUGAAUGCCACCUUCAUGGCCGGGACUGCGUGAUCGAUGAAUUCGCCGACAAGCGACGCAAGGUUUCCGUCAAGCGGACCGAAGAGGCGCUGAAAUAUUACCGUGGGCUUCUGGAUGCCGUUCUCGAGACGAUUCGCUUGGCUGAUCGUCCCUCCGUCGAUGUAUUUGUCGACUUCGUCCGAACGGGCGCGAGCUAUGAUGAAAUCCAGGCUUUUAUUGCCGAGUCUGCGCCUAAUGAUGCGAUGAGCAUCCCGGAUGGGGUGGAUUCUGGGGUGACUGACAGCAAUAACAACAGCCCGUCAGCAAACUCAAAGCCCGAUGGCGUGGCCCGAUGAUCAGAACCGCACAAACUGCCUUAUAUCAGCUGGAUGACCCGGUUACCUUUCCCGACUACGACUCCCACCCCUGCACGCAACGACAGUCCCGAUGUUUCGACUGGAUAAUAAGAGGCAACCGCAUGUGUCUCGGGGACGGAGAAGAGUACGAAAGAACAAAAGGGGCUGGGUUAUGUGAAGGGUGAUUUGCGUCCCUUAGUCACUGUUAAACAAAUGAAGUGAGAACAUUCAUUUGCCAGGCCUACCAACCACAGAUAUCUUUUAUCUACUGCAUCCUUUCGCCCCCUUUCUUUCUUCUAUGUUGGCCUCGGCGUGGUAUGGCGGUGCAAGUGCCGGGUGGCUCUCUACGCCCUCAUUUCGAUACCCUCCUAUGCAAUUCGAGACUCUGACAAUCAACCCUGGGUGACUAAGGUGCUGUCUAACUAGCCUGCUGGAGG